GAGCUACUCUUUUACAAAGAUAGUUCAUAGAUUCGUGGAAGACGCUAGUUCCCUUGAGACAUUCCAUGUUCUUGUAUUGAACCAGAGAUUAACUGUUACUCAUGGCGGUCAUGAGACUAUUGAAAG